CAUCUUUCAGGCUGUGUGUAUUGCAGUUGCAGAUAGAAGCGAUUUGGGCGCAAAAUUAAGAUGGAGAACGCCGCAGAGGUGAUUUUCAUUCCGGGCCAUGGAAUGGGUCAUCUUGUACCAGCUGUGGAGAUGGGGAAGCUGUUAACCAGUAGAGCGGAAUGGAUUUCUGUCACUUUCCUCAUAAUCGGCGUUCCAUUUGGAACCGGCGUCGACUCAUAUACGCAGUCUCUCUCGCAAGAUGCCGCCGGCGCUCGUCGCUUACGCUUUCUCAGUCUCCCUCCGCCGCCGCCUCAACGCCGUGAAAACGCAGCAGCUAGUUCCAGUGCCCAGGAUAUUAAUGCUUUUGACCAUAUCUCUGCUCACAAGCCGGCUGUGAGGGAUGUGAUCUCCGAUUUCUCCGGCUCCGGUCGAGUAAUUGCAGGUGUUGUUGUGGAUAUGUUCAGUGCAGACAUGAUUGAUGUUGCCGAUGAGUUUGGACUUCCCAGCUACGUGUUUUAUACCUCCGGCGCUGGCUUUCUUGGCCUCAAAUUUUACGCCCAGACGCUCAAAGACGACCACGGCCGGGACAUUUCCGACUACCGUGACUCGGAAGCAGAGCUGGCGGUUCCGAGUUUCUCCCACCCUGUUCCGGCUAAGGUCUUGCCUACUCCAAUGCUGGAUAAAUAUGGCCUUUUGCUGGUCCAACACUGCGCUCGAAUGAUCAGAAGAGCAAAAGGAAUCCUAAUUAACACGUUCUUGGAGCUAGAGGCGCACGCGAUUGCAUCCCUAUCUGACGGGAAGUUCCCGUCCGUAUACCCUGUAGGGCCGCUGAUCAAUCACCCCGGCGGCGGCGGCGAUGAUGAAGAGGUGAAGAGAUGGUUGGAUGAGCAACCGCCUUCUUCGGUGGUGUUCCUGUGCUUCGGGAGCUACGGGAGCUUCAGCGCAGAGCAAGUGAAGGAGAUAGCCGCCGCGCUCCAGCGCGGCGGCUGGCGCUUCCUCUGGUGCCUACGGCGGCCGAAAGUGAAGGGAGAAAUCGGGGCGCCCGGAGACUAUUCGGAUCCGAAGGAAAUCUUGCCGGAAACCUUCUUGGAGCGUACUCAGGCUAGAGGCAAGGUGAUCGGAUGGGCGGCGCAGAUGAUGGUGCUAUCCCACCCGUCCAUCGGAGGCUUUGUGUCUCACUGCGGUUGGAAUUCCAUCUUAGAAAGUGUGUGGUGCGGAGUGCCGGUGGCGGCGUGGCCAAUGUACGCAGAGCAACAAAUAAACGCUUUUGAGCUUGUGGUGGAGCUGGAGAUGGGUGUCGAUAUCAAGAUGGAGUACAGAAGUGACACCCUAAAGUCCCCGGAAGAAGAAGAAGACGACGGAAAUAUUCAAAGUCCGGUCAUUGUCAGCGCAGAUGAGAUUGAGUGUGGGAUAAGGAAACUCAUGGAGGACGGUAGCAAUGGGGAUCACGGAAGAAUCAUCAGGAAGAAAAUGAAAGAUAUGAAGGAGAAGAGCCGAUUAGCCUUGUUGGAAGGUGGCUCUUCAUACAAUUUCUUGGGGCAUUUUAUCAAUGAUCUUGCCCACCAGGCAAAAUCGUCCCAGACCAGCAGAAUAGUGAAGGAGUAAAUCAUGAAAUAUCGUGUGUCCACAAGAGCCUACCACAUUGAGUGUAGAUCAUGUGUCCUUAACCAUAUCAAUCGCAUUCCACAUUCCUAAUUACUCCUGAAAGACUUUUUCCAGUAAAAAGUAUUUAUUUAAAAAGCUGUGUAUUAAUUACAAUUCUUAAUUCCACAAGAUAUAGUAGUUUACUUA